UGCAGUAGAAACAUCCAGCUCGUUUUAUAUGAAGCUCGCGGCGGGAGGGGGCGUCGCCAUUUUGUUUGUUUUAGUGAAACCCUACGGUGGGAGGAGGGUGAGAAAGGUACCCUAGAUACGGUUGCUAAAUACGGAAAGCUACGAUAGGAACGUUCCGCGUUCAGCGUCCCCCUCCACCUCAGUGUGAGAAGGUGCAGGGACGAUGUUCUACGCCCACUUUGUCCUCAGCAAACGUGGGCCGCUGGCCAAAAUCUGGUUGGCGGCCCACUGGGAUAAGAAGCUGACCAAAGCACAUGUGUUUGAGUGCAAUCUGGAGAGCAGCGUAGAGAGCAUCAUCUCUCCAAAGGUAAAAAUGGCUCUCCGUACAUCUGGUCACUUACUCCUGGGCGUGGUGAGGAUCUACCACAGAAAAGCCAAGUACCUGCUGGCAGACUGCAAUGAGGCUUUUAUUAAGAUUAAAAUGGCUUUUCGCCCAGGUGUGGUCGACCUGCCUGAGGAGAACCGUGAAGCUGCCUACAACGCCAUUACAUUACCCGAGGAAUUUCAUGACUUCGAUCAGCCUCUUCCGGACUUGGACGACAUUGACGUUGCUCAACAGUUCACCCUGAAUCAGUCCCGUGUGGAGGAGAUCACCAUGCGAGAGGAAGUGGGAAACCUCAGUCUACUGCAAGAGAAUGAUUUUGCUGAUUUUGGGAUGGAUGACCGAGAGAUGAUGCGAGAGGAAGGUGCAUUUGAAGUGGACAUCAUCCACGGGGCGUCCGCAUCUAACCUGCUGCUGGAGUCAGAGUCAAGUAGCGUACAGAUGGCCGACAAGCCCAAUCACCUAGAGUACGACCAGUACAAGGACGACUUUGGAGACAACCCUAUGGAGAGCACAGAGGGAGGCAUGCUGGUGGACAAGCUUCUCAGCAACGAGGAUGGAGGUGGUAUUUUUGACGACCCUCCUGCCAUCUCUGAGGGUGUGAUGAUGCCCCAAGACCACGGUGGAGAUGAUGAUGAUGAUUUUGACAACCUUUCACCAGCAGGAGGUCCAGACAGUCCUGAUUCUGGUCCUGUUGAGCAGCUGCCCACCAUGACAGACCAGACUGAACAGACCACCCUAGUCCAUAAUGAGGAGGAGGCUUUUGCUUUGGAGCCCAUUGACAUCACAGUGAAAGAAACCAAAGCAAAAAGAAAGAGGAAGCUGAUUGUGGACAGUGUGAAGGAGCUGGACAGUAAGACCAUCCGUGCCCAGCUGAGCGACUACUCUGACAUUGUCACCACUCUGGAUCUGGCUCCCCCUACCAAGAAGCUGAUGAUGUGGAAGGAAACAGGAGGAGUGGAGAAGCUGUUUUCUCUGCCAGCUCAGCCCCUCUGGAACAGCAGACUGCUCAAGAUGUUCACACGCUGCCUGACCCCUCUGGUGCCCGAUGAACUGAGGAAGAGGAGGAAGGGUGGAGAAGCAGACAGCUUGGACGAGUUCCUCAAAGACCUGGAGAACCCUGAGGUUCCUCGAGAAGAGGCCUUGUCUCAGCAAAGAGACAUCAUUGAUCAGACCAUCUUGGAGGAGCCCAGUGUUCUGCAGGCUUCAGCCAUGGAGGGCAGUCGCACGACCCUCGAUGAAUCAGUCAUGCCUCCUCCAUCUGGACACCGCGGACAAAAGCGCAAAGCUCAGGACGCAGAGCCUGCCUUACCUAUGCUCGAGGAUGAUCGUUCCUCCAUUGUUUCCACGCGGCACGUGAACAUGCAGCAGGUGGACCUUCCCCCUGAGGAGCCAACCAGCAUCUCACAGCUCAUCCCUGAGCUCGACCUAAUAGGAGAGAAGAGCAAAGAGAAGAAGGAUGAUGAGGAGGAAGACGAGGAGGAAGAAGGUCAGAGCGGGGACCAGGAUCAGGAAGAGAGGAGGUGGAACAAGAGAACGCAGCAGAUGCUGCACGGUUUACAGAGAGUCAUUGCUAAGACUGGAGCAGAAUCGAUCAGCUUGCUGGAACUGUGCAGAAACAACAACAAGAAACAAGCAGCUGCGAAGUUCUACAGCUUUCUGGUGCUAAAGAAACAGCAGGCAGUGGAGCUCAGGCAGGACGAGCCCUACAGCGACAUCAUCGCCACCCCUGGCCCCAGAUUUCACAUCAUAUAGACUCUUAAAGCUCAACACUGGCAGAUUGUAUUCUUUUUAAUGGUUUUGUUUGUAUAUGAUGUGUUAUGUAUAUCUGUGCAUGUGCAUUUUAAUGCAUACUACAUGUGCUCUCUGUCUUACAUGCGAAAAAAGACUUUUAUAAUGUUGAAAAAGUGCUUCUUAUAGCAACUUGCAAAGGCUUUGAGCCUUCAGUUGGUUUUCUUUAAUCAUGUUUUCAGAUGCUUUUAUUUAAUGAGUCUUAUUGUUUUGCAUGCUUAGAAUUACAUGUUGACAUGCAACAUAAUUGUUUACUUUCAUGAAAGUGUUUUCGUUGUUGUUUAAACUUAAAAGAGUAACAUUUUAGCUGCUCCAAAGAUAAAAAAUUAAAAGUUAAUAGUUUUUAUGUUUAGAAAAAAAUACAAUGAAAGUGUAUUUUGAUUUUCAGAAAGCUACUACAGUAACAGUACUACUUCCUUAAAGUCUCUCUGAGCUUCAGUGUUGUGAGCAUUCACCCAAAAGCAGCUGUAGUUUUGCUUGUCAGCCAGACAAAUGUUAUAUAUUGGUUAUUAUUUUAUUGGAUAAAAUAAUGUGCCAUUUGUUGUAAAGAUAAAUUUUGUAAUUGUGCAAGCACUUUUUAAAGCAGUCUCACACUUUGGUUUUAUCGAUGUUAGACUCUGUUUUGUAUGUCACAGUAAUUAAACACUAUCUGUUACAGUGCAGUACAGUCCUUUAUUUAAAUGCCUUGUUUUAUUCAUAUUGGUAUAAAAACAAUUCAAAAUAAUGUUGAUAACAGGUUAUAUUAUUAUAAUCUUACACAUCACGUAAUUUGCCUGUAGCCCUGGCUUGGUACUACCGUGUUGCGUAAUUUUUGUAAUAAACAGUAAUUAAUUAA